GCAACCUCUCGCUCUCCGGUAACAAAAAUGGCGCGACGUUUGGGAGAGGUAAUGACUAUCAUCUAAUUUAAUUAUUUAUUUUCUAUCUUCAUUAAUUGUUUAAUGUAACCAAAGCAUAACUUCGGCGUUGCCGUCUUGAGUCACUUUAAAUACCUAGCUGCAAACGCAAAGAUAGAGCACACAGUGGACAUUGUCGGAUAUAUUUAUUUAACGUUAGCUAGCUGGAAUGCUUUUUCAUCGGCUGUUGAGAUGUGCCCAGCGUGUUGGGGAGUCAUCUAGGGUUGUCAGUGGACUCUUCUCCCAUUGUACCCGGACCUCCGUGAAUACUGUCUCCACGUCCAAUGUCUCUCCAGCUCGCAAGAAAAGCAGUCCAUACAGUUCCGUGGACAGCGGACGCUACUCCUCACUCUUCAAGUCUGUUGUGUCCCACAGAGUCAGUGCUCAAACUCCGGACAUCAUAGAGGAGCAAGAUGUUCAAAUCUACGGACCUGUGAUAAAAUCGCCAACACCAUCUAAUCGAAACACAACACCUUCCAAAAUGCCUAAAAUCCUCCAUCCGUUGCUCAACCAAGACCGGGUAUUUGAUUUUGGCGAAACUGAGCUUGGAGGGGCUCCAGCCAGAAUUAUCCUACCGAGGGGUCAGGACAGGGGCUCAGUGCCCAGUGUGACCCGUAUCCUACAGGAGACUAUGUCCCCAGAGCAAAAGUUUUACCUGGAGAGAUGGAGGAGGAAGAUGAUAGCUCAACUAGGAGAGGAUGGCUUUAAGGAAUACAGUCAGAAUCUCUUCAGGCAAGGGAAGCUUUUCCAUACGGCCGUGGAGAGUGUUCUCCCGUUGACAACAAAGGAGGUACCGGGGGAAGAUCCUGAGGAGGUACCAGAGAUGCCAUCGGAGGUAGAGGGAUACAUGGAAAGUGUACGCCAUGUACUGGAGGACGUUAGGGGAGUGAGAGCCAUCGAGAGCCGUGUACAACAUGAAAAACUAGGCUAUCUGGGGAUUGUGGACUGUGUGGCUCUCUACAGGGGUGUGCUGUGUGUGAUCGAUUGGAAGACAUCGGAGAGGUCUAAACCUUUCCUCAGCAACACCUACGACAACCCUCUACAGGUGGCAGCCUACGUUGGUGCCUUAAACAACGACGUGAACUACAACUACCAGGUUGAGAAUGGACUGAUCGUGGUGGCCUAUAAAGAUGGUUCCCCAGCCCAUCCUCAUCGACUGAGCUCAGAACAGGUGCUACAGUACUGGGAGAGAUGGCUGGUACGACUGGAGGAGUACACCGAGAGGAGGUGAAGCAGUGGUGUCCUUGCUGCUUGAUGUAGCAGAUGGGACCUAGAAGUACUCUCACCCCCAGAUAGAAGUACUCUCACCCCCAGAUAGAAGUUCUCUCACCCCCAGAUAGAAGUUCUCUCACCCCCAGAUAGAAGUUCUCUCACCCCCAGAUAGAAGUUCUCUCACCCCCAGAUAGAAGUACUCUCACCCCCAGAUAGAAGUACUCUCACCCCCAGAUAGAAGUACUCUCACCCCCAGAUAGAAGUACUCUCACCCCCAGAUAGAAGUACUCUCACCCCCAGAUAGAAGUACUCUCACCCCCAGAUACAGAAAGUACCUUGUCUUUUCUGACACUCUGUCACAUUUGACUGGUGACUUGGACAAAAGAGUGUCACAGUCUGCUCAGAAACAGACAAUUUAGCAUGUUUUACCCUUGACCUAUGACAGUCUUUUUGCGUAAUUGCCCGAUUUUGAGCUUGACAAGUUUGAAAACAUUUCUUAUUUUAGUGUAGUGCUGUGUUACCUCAAGGUUGUUUUCAAGCUAGAAAAUUCACCACUUACACUGUGUUGAGAAUGUUAAAUUGUUGUACAGUACAACAUUUUGAGUUGUUUUUGCUUUUAAAGUAUAAAACAUCACAUCUGAGGAAAUCGAACCACUAGGUGGCAGCAUCGGCCUGUGAAAAGUUCAGCAAUCAACUAACAAAGGUGAACGAGAGAGAUGGUUUCUAUUUUUAGUUUUAUACAAUAAAGCAAAUUAAAAGAACAAGCA